AUGUCUUACCCUUUAUUUCAGACAUCGAAUGCCCAAAAUACAUCGAGCCAUGGUCUGGAAUGCAACCUGCCUCUCUCACCUUCUAACUUCCUUAUCUGGCCAUGA